AGAAGAAGAAGAAGAGGAGCGUGAAUGGUUCUCCUCCUCCGUCCGGCCUCCGCCCUUUCUUUCUCACGCUGCAGCUGGAGGAGGAGGAGGCGACGCGGCAGCAGCAGCAGCAACCGGCGCGGUGGCAUUUCUGGCAUUCCGCGGCAGAUGCCACAGAGGAAUGGGAAGUUUCGGUGGAAGGGAUGCUCCAGCUGACAGCAGCCAUUAGGCUUCGGGGCGGAGAAGAGGUGCCGACCGACGCCAGAGAACCCGGGGAAGAGACUUUGGGCCCUCCUUUCCUCCUCGGGGAUAAAAGUUAACAUUUAACAGAGCUCAAGAAGAGAAAAACAUGCAGCUUCUCUUUGCCCGUGGAAGUGUUGUUAUCGUUUGACCGCAGGUCAAGGCAGGCUCUACAGGCGGAGGAGCCCAAGGAAGAGACGAGGAGGAAGGAGAGGCCGGGGCUGGCAGCUGCCUUCAACGGCGACAUCCUGGAGCCGGACACUGACAGCAGGACCAUGGAGAACGCAGGGGGAAGACUCUAUGGUGGGAAGCGUCCCAGCCUGCCAGGCGCCCACCAGCUUCCCAUGGUUCAGACGCUGGUGGAAUCUCUGGCCCAGCUGCAGGAGGAGAAGCUGCAGCUGCAGCAGGAGCUGUUUCGGAUGCAGGAGAAGCUGUCCGUGCAAGAGAGCGGCCAAGGCACUCAGGCGACGCAGCUUCAGAACCAGACAGAAAGUCUGAAGGGUAAACUCCUGGAGCAAGCGCAGGAAAUGAACCGGCUUCAUACUGUGCUGGGCGACACAGACCUGGAGAAGCACCGGGACCUGCUGGUGGCGGAAAAUGUGCGCCUGAAGCGAGAGGUGAAGCUGUGCGAGGCGCAGCUGCAGGAGCUCAAGAAGCAGCAAGCGGGGAAGUGUGGGGUCGACUGUGAGCACCAGGAGGAGAACGCGAAGCUGCAAGAAAAGCUGGCGCAACUCAAGCGAGAGGCCGAAGAGGUGAAAGGGCGCCUGUCGGAGCGGGACCUCGAGGUGGAGCAGAAGACCAACCGCUUGGCGGAGGUGGAGCUUCGGCUGAAGGACUCGCUGGCCGAGAAGGCCGAGGAGGAGGAACGGCUGAGCCGGCGGCUGAGGGACAGCCAGGAGACCAUCGCCAGCCUCAAAGCCCAGCCUCAGCAGGUCAAGUACGUCGUCAGGACGGUGGAAGUGGAGUCCUCCAAGACCAAGCAGGCCCUCUGCGAAGCCCAGUCCCGGAACCAGUACUUGCAGGACCAAGUGGGCAUGCAGCGGCAGGUGCUGAAGGAGAUGGAGGAGCAGCUGCAGAACUCCCAGAAGGUGGCCGCUCAACUGCGUGCCCAGGUGAGGCUGUACGAGUCGGAGCUAGAAAGGGCCCACGAGCAGAUGCUGGAGGAGAUGCAGAACAUGGAGGAAGACAAGAACCAGGCGAUCGAAGAAGCGUUUUCUCGAGCCCAAGUCGAAAUGAAGGCUGUCCACGAGAAUCUGGCAGGCGUGCGGGCCAACCUCCUGACCCUCCAGCCGGCUCUCCGGACCCUCACCAACGACUACUACAGCCUGAAGCGGCAGGUCCGGGACUUUCCGGUUCUCCUCCAGGAAGCCCUGCAGGCUGCGAAGGCUGAGAUCGGACAAGCCAUCGAGGAGGUGAACGGCACCAACCAGGAGCUCCUCCGGAAGUACCGCCGAGAACUGCAGCUGCGGAAGAAGUGUCACAAUGAACUGGUGCGGUUGAAAGGAAACAUACGCGUCUUUGGCCGCGUUCGGCCCAUCUGUAAAGAGGACGGCGCAGGGCCGGAAGCGGCUAACGCCGUGAACUUUGACCCCGACGAUGAUGGCAUCCUCCACCUGAUGCACAAAGGCAAGCUGAUCUCUUUUGAGCUGGACAAGGUCUUCCCUCCGGAAGCAACCCAGGAAGACGUUUUCCAGGAAGUGCAAGCCUUGGUCACGUCCUGCAUCGACGGCUACAACGUGUGCAUUUUUGCCUACGGACAGACAGGCGCUGGGAAGACCUACACAAUGGAGGGCACUCUUGAAAAUCCAGGGAUCAACCAGCGGGCUCUGCGGCUGCUCUUCUCGGAAGUGCAGGCAAAAGCCUCGGAUUGGGAUUAUAAAAUCACUGUCAGUGUGGCCGAGAUCUACAACGAAGCUCUCAGAGACCUGCUUGGAAAGGGACCUCAAGAGAAGCUGGAGAUUAAGCUGUGCCCGGAUGGCAGCGGGCAGCUCUACGUGCCAGGCCUCACGGAGUUCCCCGUGCACUGCGUGGAGGACAUCAACAAGGUGUUUGAAUUUGGUCACGUCAACCGAGCGACCGAAUGCACCUACCUGAACGAGCACAGCUCCCGAUCGCACGCCCUCCUGAUCAUUACCGUGAGGGGAGUUGAUUACAGCACAGGGAUCCGAACCACAGGGAAGCUAAACCUGGUGGAUCUGGCCGGAUCUGAGCGCGUGGGGCGAUCCGGCGCAGAGGGGAGCCGGCUGCGGGAGGCCCAGUACAUCAACAGAUCGCUCUCGGCUCUGGGGGACGUGAUCUACGCCCUGCGUUCCCGCCAGGGCCACGUGCCUUUCCGUAACUCCAAGCUCACUUACCUCCUCCAAGACUCCCUCAGUGGGGACAGCAAGACCCUCAUGAUGGUCCAGGUUUCUCCAGCCGAGAAGAAUACCAGCGAGACCCUCUGCUCCCUCAAGUUCGCCGAGAGGGUUCGUUCCGUGGAGCUGGGCCCCGGCUCUCGGAGGGCCGAGCUCGGCUCGUGGGCCAGUCAGGAGCACUUAGAGGCCGAGCCCUCGGUGGCAGCGCAGCCCUGCAUUCGGACGCAGUCUUCCCCUCGCACCGCAAGGUCCAACUCACUGCGGGCAAGGCUCCACACGUCAGGAAAGCUGAGGCCGAUCCCUGUGUGACAGAGUUACCUGUGGAACAGGUGCUUUUGAAAUGUUUGAGAAACUGCAUGUGCUUUUCAAGCGACCGCAUCGUCUCUCCUCCACCCUGUGGACAUUUUGGGGGGAGAUCCCGAGGAGCCUCCAGGAGGUGCAGGAGGAGGAACGACCUUUUCUGUUGUCGAGUGGCAAAGGGGCCUCCAGUCAGGGCGCCCCCCUGGAAAGAGGAAACCGGGCCUAUCCUU